AUGGCCCACCUUGUACAAGAUUCACCCGAGUACUGCGCGCGCACAAAGACCGCGUUUGUACCCCCGACGCUGACACUGAGGGAGGUGCAUGCGGCGGUACCCAAACACCUCUUCGAGAAGAGCACAGGCCGCAGCCUGCUGUAUGUCGGGCGGCAUGUCGCGAUGGCGGCUGGGCUGGGUGUACUCGCGACACACAUGGACGCCCUCGUCGAGCUCCUCGUCCAAGGCCCGGGGGCUACGGCGGGAGUGCGGACGGUGCUGUGGGCAGGAUACUGGUUCUGGGCGAGCGUGGUCCUGACCGGAUUCUGGACGCUCGGCCACGAACGCGCGCAGUGUGGCCACGACGCCCUCUUCCCCGUCCCCGCCGCCAACGCCGCCCUCGGCCUUCUGCUUCAUACCUUUAUCCUCACCCCCUACUUCUCCUGGCGCACAACACACCGUCACCACCACAAGGGCACAAACCACUUGGACCGUGAUGAGACAUAUCACCCUGCCACUCGGGACGACCUCCAGUUGCCCCCCGAACAUCUCGCAAAGUUCAUGGACUACGAGGAGCUCGUAGAGGAGACCCCCUUGUUCACCAUGUACAAAAUGGUCCUUCGUCAGUUCCUAGGUUUCCAGCUAUAUUUGAUUCACAAUCGAAAAGGGAACCCCAAAUAUCCGCCCUGGACCAGUCACUACAAGCCUUCAUCACUGCUCUUCAGGCCUGAAGAAAGGAAGUAUGUCGUCAUCUCGGAUAUCGCGAUUGCAUCCAUGCUUUUGCUCCUUGCUCUGUGGAUAUGCCAGACGAGUUGGGCGAACGUAUGGCGGCUCUAUUUCGUCCCCUGGCUCUGGGCACACAAUUGGAUCGUUACGGUCACGUAUCUGCAGCAUAGUGACCCAACGGUGCCGUAUUACCGAAACAACCAAUGGACUUUUUUGCGGGGCUCCCUAGCAACUGUAGACAGGCCUAUUUUUGGCUGGAUCGGUCGCUAUUUCUGGCACGGGAUCGCACAUGAUCACGUUGCCCACCACUUCUUCUCUGGGAUACCUUUCUAUAAUCUGGCAGAAGUCACCGAGGCCAUUAAACCAGUCCUGGGCGACUAUUACUACUAUGAUAGCACGCCAACCCUGUACGCUCUCUGGCGCUCAUUCACGCAGUGCAAAUUCAUCGAAUCGUGCGGUGAUGUCGUAUUCUUCAAGAACCAGUAUGGAAAGGCGGCUCGCGAGUGCGCGACCGAUAUCGGGAACCACGCCGCUCCGGUGGAAACUCAAACACUGUAG